AUGGCCCAGCUCUUCUCUCGCAGGCGGCACCUCCGGGCGCACACGGCGACGACGGCGCUCGCCUUCAUCGCCUCCAUGAGCCAGCUAAGCGGGCGGGCGCGCGCGCGCGCGAGUCCAUCGUCCAGAAACUUCCAGGUCCAAUCUCCUACGAGACAGGUCGGCUUCGCGGGGGCCCAGCAGGUGCAGCUAGCUCCUCAUCAGCGGCGUCGUCGACAGGCACCCGUCUUUCACCUUGCCUUCGUUGCCGCCGACCGCUGGCCGACGCGUGCGCUACGCCCUGGACGGGGUAACAAGCCCGGGAAGACGCUGGAGGAAAUCGCCGAGCUUUUCGGAGACAGGGUUGCCACAAAGGACGUCGACAAGCCCUCACGGCCAGCUCAAGUAGCACAUAUCCGUGGAGAGCGUUCGCCAGGUGCAGCACAAGGUCUAGCCCGGUAA